CUUCCACACCCCUCCAACCUAAGCUUCCCAGCGACAAGCAGCUCCUCAUUCCUGAAAGCCUUCCUCGCCCAUAGCCUUCAAGAUGGUGUUGGAAGCUACUAUGAUAGUGGUGGACAAUAGCGAAAGCAGUCGGAAUGGCGACUAUGUACCUUCACGGUGGGAGGCACAGUGUGAUGCUGCGAAUCUCAUAUUCUCCGCGAAAACAGGAGCAAAUCCUGAGUCGUCGGUCGGACUCAUGAGCAUGGGAGGCAACACACCCGAGAUCCUCACCACAUUGACGACGGAUAUUGGCAAAAUCCUUGAUGGUCUUCAUCGGACGAAGAUAAAAGGCACCUCGCACUUCUCUACGGGACUGAACGUAGCAGCGUUGGCCCUCAAGCAUCGUCAGAAUAAGUCUCAGAAGCAACGCAUAAUCGUUUUCACCUGUAGUCCGAUCGAAGAGGGCGAGAAGGCCUUGAUCAAGCUGUCGAAGCGCAUGAAGAAGACCGGCAUUAGCAUCGAUAUCGUCGCCUUCGGAGAGCUCGGUGACGACACUAUACACAAGUUGCAAGCUUUCAACGAGAACUGCCAGAGCGCAGAAGGUUCCCACCUUGAGAUAAUCCAACCGAGCUCCAACCUGCUCAGUGACACCCUUCUCACAACCCCGAUACUAGGCGGCGAGGGUGGCGCCGGAGGAGCCGCCGGGGGUGGUGCAGGUGCUGAGGGAGGCGAAGGCGGUGGCAGCGCCUUCGAAUUUGGAGUCGAUCCAUCUGUUGAUCCAGAGCUGGCACUAGCAUUGCGGAUGAGCUACGAGGAAGAAAAGGCGCGGCAAGAGAAGGAGAAGAAGGCGAAGGAGGCUGCAGAAGGCAAAACCGAGCUAGAAGGUAUAGCAGAGGGGGACGAAAAGCAGCCGCUGCUCGAUGCCGAAGGUCAGCCGAGCGGCAGCAAGGAUGAAACGAAGGAUAAGGGCGAUGACGACAAGAUGGAUACUGCCUGACCAGAGCGAUGGUUUCUAUGAGGUUGAAACAAAAUCACAGGCGCCAUAGGUAUCCGAGCCACAUGGCGCGACUGUGGAACUUGUAAUGCAAUUAUAGAAUUCCAUGAGCGUGUUCUCAUUGCCUCACACAC